AAAUUUUUACGAACGGAGCAGGCGGCGGGCCCACUUAUUGAAGAAUUAGAAGAGUUUAAACAAAAAGGACGGCGCCGCGAGUUGCACAACGGAAAAUCGGGGAAAAAAGAAGAAAACUAGAGUCGAAGGAAAUUAAUUUAUGUGUCGUCUCUCCCCGCCCCCUCUUUCAGUGAAUGAAUAAACCCACCCCCUCCACAUACUAUUGCAAGUCCCCAAGAUUGUGCCAAAUAAUAAAACAGGAUCCCAAUAGAUACAUCAAAUCGGAUAACAACAACAACAGCAGCAACAAUAAGAACAACAAACAAAUAAGCCACAGUCAUCGAGGGAAGGAAGAGGAUUUAAAGCCAUUACUUUUGAACACUGCUGCUGUUUUUUGGUUCUAGUCGUUCGUCCUUGGUUCUUUUUGUUUCGGAAACAGUUUGUGCAGCAGCAGCUCUGAAUGUCUUUAUGCUUUAAUCAUGGUGUAUUUCGCCACCAACAACAACAACACCGACACUAUACGCUGCUAUAUUAGAAUCUUUCUGAUAACGAACCAUGACAGAAGGACAUGAAAGCGACUUCUUAGUUACAGUACGCGCACAGGUAAUGACCAGAGACGAGAGCACCGAGGGCUGGCUACCGCUGGCCGGGGGUGGCCUGGCCAACGUUUCCAUUCGGAAGCGGGCUAGGCUAUCCCCAUUGGCAUCCGGUCAUGACUACAUCAUCUACGGGCAGAGGAUAUCCGAUCAGAGCGUAAUCUUGAGCUGUGUGAUCAAUCGUGAUCUGAAGUAUUACAAAGUAAUGCCCACAUUUCAUCAUUGGCGCGCAGGGAAGCAGCGGAACGGACUCACAUUUCAAACGGCCGCCGAUGCGCGGGCCUUUGACAAGGGCGUCCUGCGCGCCUACAACGAGCUGAUCGAUGGACUGGCCAAAUCGAAUCCGACGAUAAUAUGCCCACCGCUGACCAAAUAUGAUUCGGUUGGCGAAGAUGAUGUUUUCAUGACCCUGGACUUACCUGUGGAGAGCGAGAGUUUACAAAAGAUCCAUUCUAGCCCCGAGGGCAGCGAGAAAAGUCACAAAAGCGUCAGCGACCGGCAUAGCAACAACUCUGACUCGGAGAAGCUGCCACCGCCGCCCAUUCACUACAUAUCCACGGACAAAACAUCGGCCACCACAUCGCCGCCAGACGCACCGCCAUCAUCGGCUGCUCCAUCGCCGGCGGCGGCUGCCGCUGGACAGAUUGCGGCGGCUGCCGCCGGACAGAUUGCGGCCAGCGAGAACUAUUCGUACGUGACGCUGACGUCGGUACAUCAUGAUUACAACUAUCCGGUGGUGGACCAGCCGGUUGGGGCGCAGGUGCUUAACGCUCGGCGGGAGUCGAUCAGUGCGCUGAAGAAGCGAAACGCUCUGGAGGCGGCCCAGGCCAUGGCAGCGGGUCAAACGGUGCCAAUCGGUGCCGGUGGAUGCGGUGGGGCGGAAAAGCCCCUGAACAAGCCAAACGUAUCCGACAUCCUGAAGAAGGAGACGCGUCUGCGCUGCCGCUACUGCCACGAGCUGUACAGCGAGCAAUUCAACAGUCGCGGAGCCUGCGAAUAUGCCCCGGAUCCCUUUCGCAGCGGCUACGAGUGCAUCUCCGGCAUGGGCUGUGCCCGCUGUAUGAUUUACCACUGUAUGAGCGAUGCCGAGGGCGAGACGGCCCAACAUCCGUGCGAUUGCAGCAUUAGCGAGGCCGGUUGCAGCAAGCGCUGGCUGGGCCUGGCCCUCCUCUCGCUGUUUGUACCCUGCCUGUGGUGCUAUCCGCCGCUUCGCGCCUGCCACUGGGCAGGCAUCCGUUGCGGUCUCUGCGGUGGCCAGCACAAGCCGCAUGUCUGACAUUUGGAGGCCCGCUUGCAAGGACAGCACGAUGAUGACCCCCCCAGGCCCAGAAGCGAAUUCCAAUACCAACACCACGAGCAGCAUAACAAGCGUCCGUUGUGGGGUGCCAAGCAGAAGCAGUCGCAAUCCCAAUCCCAAUCGCAGCGCCACUUUUACAACUGGGAGCUGUCGCACAGCUUGGGCGCCCCGCAGCAAGAAAUGCCGCCGCCGUAUUUAAUGCAGCCAACAGGCAGGAAGGCGGCCCAAAACGAUUACGGACGCUUGCUCUUCUAGGCUUUAACCCAGAGUGACUGCUUCGGACCGCAUUUUCACGAGUUGAUUUCAAACAAUUGAUCUUUCCACUUAAAAAUCCAGAACUGAGAAACAAGAUGUCGUAGUUAGCUGAGGUGUCUGAAGAGUGGAGAGCAAUGGUAUGUCCUUAGGUUCUGAGAAAUGAAUAUUUAGACACCAAAAGUGCGAAUGCUUACAGAAUGAUGGCAACAAAAAGGUACAGCUCAGAGGAUCUCAGGUGAAAGAGCAGAAGUACAAAGAUGAGACAUUUAGGCUUAGGCUUAAAGUAAGCAAAGCCUUUAGUUCCUUGAGAUUCAGAUUGUAAAUUUCAGGCAAACUCAGCAUAUGCUUGAAUGUUGAAAAAACAUACAGAUUAGCAUUGAAAUGAACUCGUGAAAUUGAGGCAUGGUUCGCUUUCAGUAUCAUUUCGGUAAAACUCCAUUUGAAUUGCCAUAAUUUAUUGUAUAUACAAAAGAGCAGAAGGGAAGGUUUUACGUAUCUAUUUUUAAUAUUUUACUUUAUAAUUGUAAUUUACGUUUAAUAAUAGUUUUGUAUAAACGGGCUAUUUUUGUUUUUAUUCGUAACUGUAACCGACUUCUUUUAGAGAUCAAAUAUUGUACAAUGUUUGUUUUAGUUUAAGUUGUUUCUAGGGUUUUUUGCUACUUACACUUGCUUGUUUACAAUUCGAAAUUGGAGAACAGUAUUAAAAGGAGGCCGAGGCAAAGGCGGCGAAACGAGAACUAAUUACAUAUAUAUUCAAAUGCGAUUUUCUCUGCGCGAUUCCAAUUUGUUAAUGUCAAUGUCACGCGCUCAAAACUCACACAAAAAGUUCAAACAAACAAACGGCAACCUGAUGCGCAAAAUGAAUAAAAAACACACACUAAGAAAGAA